CCUCCGGAGCUUCCGUUCGCUCAGUUUGAAUGUUUAGCGCGGAAACGCUGCAGCUCGACUGUUGUGACGCGGAGAUAAAAACCAGGAUGGCCUCCUCUUCAUCAUGCACCGAUGAAGAUUCAUUCAAAACCCCAAAAAGCAUCAGGGUGAAGAGCUGCGGGAUCAAUGGAGGGACCCCGAUCACCAUCCCAGCCUCACCCUUCAUGAAGAAGCUCGGCUGCGGGACAGGAGUCAAUGUUUACCUCAUGGACAGGAUGGGGAAGCUGAACGCGUCUCCCUGGGCCGUGAAGAAGAUCAACAGUAAAUGUGCUGCGAGGCAAGUGGCUGUUUACCAGAAACGCCUGAACGAGGAGGCGAAGGUGCUGAAGGGAAUCAAUCAUCCCAACAUUGUUGGUUUCCGCGCCUUUGCCACGGCCAAAGACGGCUCCAAGUGUCUGGCCAUGGAGUACGGAGGAGAGCAGUCGCUCAAUGACCUCAUCGAGAAGCGGCGAGAGGACGGCCUGAAAGCUUUUCCUGCCGCCAACAUAGAAAAAGUGGCGCUGCAUGUGGCGCGCGGCCUGCAGUAUCUUCACAACGAGAGGAAGCUGCUGCACGGGGACAUGAAGUCCUGCAACGUGGUCAUUAAAGGCGACUUUGAGACCGUGAAGAUCUGCGAUGUGGGCGUGUCUCUGCAGCUGGAUGAGAACCUGAGCGUGUCGGAUCCGAGGGCGGUGUACAUCGGCACGGAGCCGUGGAAGCCGAUGGAGGCUCUGGAGGAGGGAGGAGAUAUCAGCAACAAGGCGGACAUCUUCGCCUACGGUCUGACUCUGUGGGAGAUGAUGACCCUGGCGAUGCCUCAUCUGGAGAUGCUGGGGGACGACGGCGAUGAGGAGGACGACGAGGACUCAACGGAGGAGAGUUUUGACGAGGACGCCUACUACGAGAGGUUGGGGACGAGGCCGGCGCUGGACGCUGAGGCUCUGGGCAGCUCGUACCGGAGGAUGGUGGAGCUUUUCUAUCUGUGCACAGAAGAAGACCCCAAGAAGAGACCCUCAGCCGCCCAGAUCGUCCAGGCUUUAGAGAGCAACGCCCCGCUGAACAAAACGCAGUGUGAGGUGAUCGUUAUCGACUGAUAAAUAGAUCGAAAUAAUUAAUUAAUAAUCAGGACUUUAGAUAAUUGAUAAAUUAAAGGAUUAAACCGCAGCAUCAUCACUGAAGUGUCCUUUGAAUGCAGCUGCAGGGGCCGACUGGAAUCUCUUACUGUAUAUUUGUAUGUUGUCCUCUCUCUCGUUCUGUCGACUUUUUAUUGUAAAUUUGUUUUUUCUUUCAUUGUCACUUUCUCUUAAAGUUAUUUCUAAAUCCUUGUGGAUUUUCCAUCUUUGUAAACUUUGCCAUGUGUUUUACAUUUCACAAUCAAACGUUUAAGUUUUUCCUGUCACUAAAUUUAACACAAAAAAAAAAACACAGCAACCUGUUUUUUUAUUUUAUUUCUUAUCUUUCAAAUGUUCUAUUCAUUGUCUGGAUUUCAGUCGCCACAGUUUGGGAGAUUUGAUAGAUAUUUGUUAGAUGUGGAAGAUAAAGCUCAUUAUCUGUUUAAAGAUGAAGCUUCUCGUUAUCAGAGCAUUUAUGAAGAAGGGCAAACAGCCGAUCUCUAUCAGCUUUAAGUCACAUUAAUAUAAAAUUAUCUAUCUGAAGUGAACUUAUAACUAAUGAUCUUUGAAACAUUUAUGAAACGACUCUAGAUUCAAACAAAGACAACAUGUUUAUUAAAACCUAUUUACAAAGCAGAACUCCCCCGAACAAUUGUGGUUUCUGCUUUUUUAACAGUGUCUGUAAACAUUUCCUUCCAAAGUGCUCAGAAAUCCUUGAGCUGGUAACGAGAGAA